AUGAGUCCAUGGUACACCAUGUACAAGGCCCGAGAUGCACAGUCAUUUGUCGCGACUGUGUCGGUAACACCUGAUGCGUUUGAUUACAUCGUAUAUUACUUUAUCACGAGUAUGCUGUGCUUUCACGACCAACCAAUUCACUUCUGGCAAGUCCAGUUCGGUUCGGCUUCCCAAUGCUUCGUCUUUGUCCUCCUCGCACUCAUCUCCAAGUGGGAGGACUUCUGCCUUUGUAUCAAUAUCACGCGCAAUUUGUUUGGCCCGUCGACCAUCAGGCGGACACUUCGGGUUCCCGGUCUCGUUUAG